CUCAAGGCGAACCCGGGGGUUCUCGCGUAAUAAACUUAUAUGUCUUUGGGCGCAAUCUCUUCGCAAUGGCUGGCACAGAUAAACCGGCUACCAAGCGCAAGCAUAUCACCACCGCUUGUCUCUCGUGCCGCGAGAGCAAAGUCAAGUGUGAUGGAGCAGUGCCUGCUUGCUCUAGCUGUAUAAAUAAGAGCAAGUCAUGCCGUUACCUGGCCGGAGAUGAUCGUCGAAAACUCUCUAUGAGGGUGGCCAUCGAGUUGCUUUCGACCCGUGUCGAGCAGUUAACGCAGAUUUUGAUUCAAAAUGGCAUCCAGGUUCCCCGAAUAGCGAAUCAUGAGAAGGACUCGCUGCAAAAGGUGCUCACAACACUGGGAAUGUCUCACAAGAAGAUCUUUGGAGACUGCUCCUUAAAGUCAAGCAUGCACGAGUCCAAUGAGUUCUCUCUAGAAAAGGGCAAUAUCCAAGAACCUGUUGCGCCACCUGAGGACGGCCAAUUGGCUUAUACCAACACUAAUGAGCAAAUAUUCAGCGGCUCAGUGAUACAGGUGACUCAAAAUGAGAGCCCUACUCAAACAGAUUUGAUGACCAGAUUCGAUGCAGCCCCUACAGGAAUGGACGUCUCAGAGCCCCAAAUCGAUGCUUUUGGACAGCCUGGUGGUGGCUAUGCUCCCAGAGAACCUGCCUAUAGCUCUCCUGAGCGCACCUGGGGCACUGCGGGGGAACUACUCAGCCAACCAGAUAUGGAGCACAGCCCUGAUCGUCGUUAUUGUCCUCUGGACCAAACGAACAGCAACGUGGGGGGAAGCACGUUCGGUGAACCAGUUACGCAACACAGUCAAAGCAUAGAUGAAGAGGACAAUACUGAGAGCAUUGAAGAGCUGGUAGAUAAGCUUUCUGAUCGAAUCGGCACCUUGCAUGUUGGUGAGGAUGGACAGAUAAGGUAUUAUGGCCCAACAAGUAAUUAUGCUCUCAUGAGCAUGCCCUCUGCCGAUCCUAUGCAUGUACAUCGGUCUAUCCGUAAUGACGGACAAGAGUAUCUAGACCGACUGGACGUAGGGGCUGAACCGCCCGCGGAACUGGAGAACCAUUUGAUCAACUUGUACUUUGCAUGGCAAGACCCUUUCUUCCACGUCGUCGACAGAGAUAUCUACGAACAAGCCAAGAGAAAGUGGUACGAGGAACAAAAAGACACGCCAUACUACUCUGAAGCAUUACGGAAUGCAAUGUGUUCUUUGGGAGCCGCUUUCGAAGCACAACAUCAUCCAGAUUUCGUCACGUUUCCCAAGUCUCUAGCCGACUUCUUUGCAGAUCGAGCUAAGGCGCUGCUGGAAAUCGAGUUGGAUGCACCGUGCAUUGCCACAGCUCAAGCCAUCGUUGUGACCAGCUGCCAUGACAUGGGAUGCACGCGCGAUGCUCGUGGUUGGCUUUAUAGUGGAAUGGCGAUAAGACUCGCCUUUGACCUUGCCUUACACAAAGAUAUGUCCGCCUACGUCGCGACAGGGGUCAUGACUCAAGCAGAGGCAAACUUGCGCAGCACUGUAUUCUGGGGAAUUUGGAUCGUGGAUCAAGUAUGGAGUUUCCAUCUUGGUCGUCAAUUCAAAAUCAACAUGGAUGAUGUUAGCUGCGGCAAGCCCUACCAGACCUGUACACGUAAAGCUGUCACUGGAUGGAGUCCUUACACAGGAAACGGCCCCGUACCAGGAAUUUCGUUCGCAGAUGAUCUGGUUGACGAAGUUGCCCGACAGCGCGUAGCUCUGUGCGAGAUCAUGGGUCCACGUGGCCAGAAUUUAUAUGGAGGCGAUGGCAUAACACCGCACAGGCUGCAGGAGCUGAAUAUGAAGACGGUGACUGCGCUAUUUGAAUGGCGAAAUAAUCUCCCAGACUCUUUGAAAGUCAAUCUUGAUAAUGAAUUGACUCCUUAUGUCCCUCAUCUUUUACUGUUGCACAUGCAUUAUUACCAAUGUCUGAUACACGCUCAUCGACCUUGGAUGUCUAGAAAUUACAUUCAAUCACAGCCUCCUCAAGGCCCCGGCUCUGAUCACGCGAGACUUAUGUGCGUCGAUGCAGCAAUAUCCAUCGCCAGAAUCCUCAGGAUCUACGAAAAGCAAUUCACAUUUCGAAGGAUCAAUAUACAAGGGCCCAUAAUCACAUGCUCGGCUGCGCUCAUACUCAUCUUCGCUGACAUAUCCCACUACGGAAAGUCGCAUGACUUGAAAAUCACUCCGCAUCUGAGCUUAUGCUUCAGAGCUCUAGAUGCAUUCGGCCAAUGCUGGGAGAACGCCAAGCGGGCCAGAGUAUUUCUAACUAAGCUGCAACGCCAGUGGGAAGUCCAGGCCCGCAUGAAGCGCACCACUAAACGCCAUCGGGCUGUGACCGGCGAAUCGAGGAAACGACCUCUGACGGCGACCGACUUCGAUACGGACAUGGGGGAUGGGCAGAACAAAUGGCAGGGACAGAACCUGGAACACACUCUCUUUACACAGAUGCCACAGCUUCCUCUGCAGAACAAAGGCGACUUUCUUAGCAUGAGUCUUGGAGACUUGAAUUUCGAUUGGAUUUUCGAUGCAAAAGUCCAGGCCGUAUCGGGGAACUGGGCGGGCGGCUCAUAUCCUGACUAGCCGCAGUCAAGUUUUCAGGAUCUCGCAACGAUGUGACGGCGCGCAUGAGGAACUUCGGCUGUGGUUAGGUUCAUGUAUUCUGUAAAUAUCACUGUGUUUUACUAGGACUGGGUUUUACUUUUUAUUUUUUUGGGUGGGCGGGGGUGCACGCUACAGCUAUGUGCCAAUUCCAAU